AUGGUCACCGUAACAAGCGUUCUUCGGCGAGCGAGCGCAGUUAACCUCCUCGACAAUGGGAGCUCAAGCGCCGAAUCCUCAAGAAGACCCUCUGCGGCAGACAUAUAUAGCCCUCGACGGCCCAGUCUUGCAGCCUUGUCCCUACGACUCUCCUCGUGGUCGAAGAAGUCGCAUCUAGCAAAGGGACGCGAGGCGGACGCUGGCUCCGCAGAAAGAUUGUGGGAUGCUGUCCUAUCCCUACCGGACGAAAUCACAUCUCAAAUCCUCUGCUAUCUGUCUGUAUCGGACUUUCUCAGCCUCCGUUCGGCGUCGCGCUCUGUCCACCUCUAUCUGCGCUCUCAUGCUGGCCCAGUGACACGGUCUCUGCUUCUCCAAAAUGCCUACGAGCAGACGACAGACUAUGAGGGUAACCUGAACGAGGAGAAGGCAAGAUACCUCUACAACUACCUCUGUACAAUAUACCCCCCGCCUCAGCCUUGCGACUCGUUUGAUUAUCUACUCCAGAUGCUGAAAAGACAAGCCCAAGUGCAAAGAAUGCUGCAUGUCAUGAUCAACUGGAUCCAGAUGAAAGUAUAUGUGAUUCCGCAAUUCAAAAGAUGUGACAAUUUCAACCCUUACAAAUUCAGGCUCAUGAGGCGGCUCCAUCUGGCAGCCUGGACCAUAUAUCACUUUCUUGAAAGCUAUCGGACAAUGCUUGUCACCGACCAUCCUUCCCAUUCAACACUCGGAUCAAUCCCUUCUGGACAAGACGGCUCCAACGCAGCCUGCCCAUCCUGUGUCCACUCUGUCCGAGAUCUUCUGCGGACGUACCCGGGGACCGCAAUCAUCCCUGCCUAUCAUUUCUUUGAGCUGUGUCGACAGCACCUCCGGGCUUUGAGUCGAGCGCCCUCGGCGGGGAUAAUCCGGUCCCGCAAGCCACCCAGUGAAGCGGACCUCGUCCAACUGGUCGUGUUUGGCGGCAUUCCGGAGCUAAGUAGAUUAAGUCUGCUCAAGGGCUCGUCAAAUCAGCGGAUCGAAGCGAUUGGAACUUUUGUGGACAGAGUCUCGAGCGCAGCGAUACAGCAGAGGAUCGGGCGAAAAGGCUCCCCCCCUUCUCAAUCGCAAGUGUCUUUGCCGAGUAGUGCUUUAGGGACCUCAUUUGACGACCUCAUCGCCCCUUUCCAGCCACCUUUUCCUCUCAUCCACCAUCAUACCAUAUCAGCCAUACCAGAGCUUGAACACUUCAUCAUUGACUCAGAUGAAUGGGUGACGCGGAUGUAUGAGCUUGUCAGGCCAGGGGAUCGAAUAGUCGGGGCUUGGGGAUUCAUCACGAACAUUCUAUCCGGAAAGAGCGACGAUGUAGAAGACCCUGGGGCUGAAAGUGGAGCGGAUAGCGAUCUCGACUUUCUGGCACCCAUCAAAUUGCCCAAUACCUGA